AUGGACGGAUCUGCCAACGGAAUGGCGAAAGAGCACGCAACUACAAGCCCCGCAGCCAUCAGCGCUGCUUCGCAAGUCGAAGGCGUCAAAUUCCGUACGAGUGCCGGACGGCACGAUUCCAAAGCCAACACCCUACCUUAUGAUGAAGACCAGUCAUCACACGUUUCGACAUGGACAUUCUGGUUCGAUACACGAUUUUUUGUGCCAUCAAAUGUCGCCCGAUCACUUGCUGGUACACUGACAGAACCCCGGACUGGCUCGGCGGGCUUACAAGGAACACCGCCAAAUGACCGAAGUAAUGGCCGAAUAGAAAGUCGGCUGCCGGGUCCGAGCCCGGCCAGUUCGGAGUUGGCGUAUGUGGUAGAAACAUAUCCCGAAAGUCACCAAUUCCAACUGCUCUAUUCUCAUCAGGGCGGCCUUGCUGCAGCGAAAGAUCCGAGAAUGUGUCUUGCGACUCUAGUAAAUGUCGAUACACACAUUCACGUCCUCUCUUUCGGCAGCGACUGCAUAUGUUUUGUCUUCAUUACACUGGGCAGCUUGUUAGCUUUGACACGGGAUCGCUGCGACGGCAUUGCAACGGGCACAAUUGCCACACACUUCCUCCGGUUACUGUCGCGGACUGACUGCUACAGGAGAGCUACAAGCCGUAGUAACCAUUCGUCAUGGUCAGACUUCCUCUUCAAUGAGUUCCGUGAAGCAGCUCUGCUUCUCGCCGCUGCUUUGUGGCACCCAGCUGUGUCGCUGCACAACAUGGUCCCUCCAGCGCCCUGGAAUCAAUAUCCAACAACAGUCAAGGUGCCAGAGUGGUUAAUGGGCUGCCCUGCUAUCGGAUUUUCUGAUUUCAGCUUAGGCAGUGGCUUCGGUCGCGCAGGAAAACCUUCCUUGUCAAACUCGUGUGGGAGGGCUAUCGAAUUCAUUCAAAAUGCAUGGAAGAUGACACCAGGAUACCUUGUUGGUUGGGACGCGCCUGGUGGGCCUCGUUCGCCUGUCACCGAAUUUACUCUUACAAGCGAUACUACCAUGGAGCGCAGCAAAUGCGGCCGACCUCCUGGCUGGCUAUCGACCGAAAUACCUCGGUGCCAAAUCAACACGACUCCCCCUCGCAUCAUCAUUAGGGGCCGCUUGUCAUUCGACCUACGACGGAGUGCUAGAUUGCAUCUGUUGUACUUUAGCUACACGAAGAAACGGCGGACGCCUCGCCAGGGAGUCAAUUGGAGACGUGAGGGUUGCAUCCGCGCCGUCAGCAACCCCAAAAAGGAAUCUUAUCAAUUCCCUUCCAACCAUCCUGCCAAACAAUCAACACUGGUCGUCGAGAUGCCACGGGCAUGCAUGGGUAGCCUGAAUUUUGAGUGCUGCCGAGUUAUCCGGUGGCUAGGAUCCCAAAACGCAUCUAGCUUUGGGAAAUGCAACAUUUGCAUUCGAACGAGCCGACGGACGGAAAAGGAGGCCCGACGUCAAACUCCGGUCUGCCAUCCCAUUUUUUCUCGGCUCGACUCCAGGCUUGACGUGAAAUCAUUCCCUUUCUGCCAGGCCAGUGCACGGGGGCUGCACCUCAACAGCAGCGAAAAGGUUGGGAAUCCACCUCUCAACGCCGCGUCGAAGUGGGACGAUUCUUUCCAAAGGAGGACGCAUCUCGGAGAAAUGGAAGUUGCUUAG